UUGCUGCCGUGACAGUACUGUACCUUUUUCUGCGUCUGUUGAUCUCUUAUUGCUCUUUGAACAAUUUUACUCUUGACAUUUUCCUUGGAUUCCAUUGUACAGUCCCGGGCUGAGAGCACUGGGACCAAGCAUCUAGUAUCAGACCUCCUCGUUACCUGGUCAGAGUAGACAGAUAUUUUGAGGUUCCUAACCAAGAUGUCUCUGAAGGUUCAGACCAGCAACGUCACGAACAAGAACGACCCCAAGUCCAUCAACUCACGCGUGUUCAUCGGUAACCUCAACACAGCGGUGGUGAAGAAGAUGGAUGUGGAGACCAUCUUCUCGAAAUAUGGCCGCAUGCUGGGCUGCUCUGUGCACAAGGGCUACGCCUUUGUCCAGUACGCCAGCGAGAGGCAUGCCAGUGGGGCUGUUAUUGGGGAAAACGGACGAAUGCUGGCGGGACAGACUUUGGACAUCAACAUGGCGGGGGAGCCCAUGCCCAACAGACCCAGAGGGCAAGACAUCAACAUGGCGGGGGAACCCAAGCCCAACAGACCCAAAGGGCUGAAGAGGUCUGCCACUGCUCUCUACAGUGGGUACGACUUUGAUUAUCACUACUACAGAAAUGAAUUAUAUGGCAGGCUGUUUGAGUACCGGGGCAGAGUGUCGCCAGUGCCUCGAGUGGUACCAGUUAAGCGGCCUCGCAUGGCCAUGCCCCUGGUGCGCCGGGUCAAGUCUUUGCCCGUCAAGCUGUUGGCACGUGCUUCAGUCCUCCCCGGCAGCACCAUCAAGCAGAAGUCGGUGAACUCCAACGAGCUACAGGAUAUCAAAUCAGAGCUGACUCAGAUCAAGUUCAACAUUGAUGCGCUGCUUGGCCGACUGGAAAGGAUCACAGAGGACAAACACAUCGCUGCUGAGCUACGGACGUCAGAGGACAACAAGAGUGAGGUGUUUCAGGACGAGUCAUUCUCAGACACAGAGGAGCUGGUAGACGAGCCCCAUAACAGUGAUGUGGAGGAGGACGUCACACAGAAUGAGUGUGAAGAUGACGACAUGGAAAACAACCACCUAUCAGAAAUGGACUCCAACCUGCAAUAAAAAGGCAAGUUGUUCUGAAUGUCGAAAUACUCAAGUGAAGCAAAGAAACUUUCGAUUGACACUAAUUACUUGAAAUGUGCAUGGCCACCGGGCAUUUGUAUGAGACAAUAGGUCAGAACAGAACUACUCUGAUGCACAUUCAUAGCUGUGCU